AUGGAUAUGGCUUCUAGCCGUGCCGGCAGAAACACUCAUCUCACUUCGCAUCUCCUCAAAACGUACGCCGAAGUGCAUUACAGCCAUCGCAGGAUCACAUUGGGCGACAUCGGCAUGCUCGCCAAGGCAUACUUACAAAUCACAUUCAAGCUCGAAGCCAAGGCAGAAGAUCUCUGGUCCGUGGAGCUUAAGGAGCGCUUUCUGUUAAAUGUUCAAGAGAUACGAAUCGCCAAUGUGAAGGCCGAGCCGCUUCCACGACAAGCGGCCGGGUACUGCAUGAACAGUGCAAGCACUCUACCCGAACAAUAUAUCAGAAGAAUUCAUGCAAUGGAGCCCAGCGGGCACGCUGCUUUCAUGAACCUUGCAUCAUGGUUAACUACCUUUCAUUUCAGCGGCUGGAUUGACGACGACGACACAGAGACAGGCGACGAAUUCAUAGAGAUCCUCGCCGGCGCCCCUUAUCUCUAG